AUGUUUCACAACACGUUCCAAAGUGGACUUUUAUCUGUUCUGUACAGUGUCGGCAGUAAUCCGCUACAGCUUUGGGAGAAACAGGUUAGCGAAUAUCUUAUAUUAACAUCUAGUGUAGAAUUUGAUACAUCUAACUCAAAACGUGCUACCUUCUUUCGCAAAUACGUAACUGAGGUCAUGAAUGGAGGUCAUUGA